UCGCCCAAGCCAUGGUGCUUCUCCAGGCAGUGGGAAUCCUCCAGGCAGUGGGAAUCCUCUGGUUGGCAGCAGUCUUCCCGGACGGGACCAUCAACGAGAUUAUUCAAGCAGCAAGGCCGUUUGGGACAGUCGUGCCCGCGGUCUGCUUGGUUUCACCCCCAUCGACCAUAGUAAAGGCAUCAGCUCCCAGCGUCCAGUGCACCCUGAACAGGCCCCUACGAAGGACGACGUCCCACAACAAAGCUCCAACGAUGCAGAUAAGAAGUUGCGAACUCGAAUGGUCGAAUUGCUCCUCAAAAUCAUGGAAGACGCAAUAUCCAGCCAGAGAGAUAGCGCCUUGAAAUCCAAGCCAGGAGCCGAAGCUCCUAGCGAAAAAGCAAAGUCUGAGACCCUUGAUAAGAAUAACUCGGAAGCCAAGGCAUCAAACAGCAAUACUUCAGCUGGGGUAGACGCAAAUCCUCCACGAAAUAACCUUUAUGACAGCUCCAUCAGAGAUUUCACACUUGAAGGAGAUGACGCGCAGCACAAAAAAACCAAUUCUGAGCCUUCAAGCAGUCCAGAACCCAUGUUCACUCUCGAGUUAAAGCAGCGCAGAAACAGUGAGAAUGCCCCUGCAUGCCUGCUUGAAGACCUGAACUUGAGAUACGGACUGCAGAGAUUCGACGGCAGCAACGAACCAAAUCAUCGACCUAACCGUGAAGACGCCUCCAUCGGAGAUCUCGCUUUUCAGGGAGAUGACGAGCAGCCUGCUGCGCCGAGAGGACCCUGGGCGUUGACGCAACAACGACCUCAGCAUCAAGAAUCUUCCUCUGAACCCUCAAGGAGCUCAGAACGCCGGUCCAUUCUCGAGUCAAGGCAGCGCAGCAACAAGAUUCAAUGGCAGCAAGGAACCCAGCGACCCUGGCGAAAGUAGCGAAACUUCAAGUUCCGAAAUGCUUUUCCUUCGCCGCCCUAGUGCACUUCGACGAGUGAGCGCCGACCAAAAGCCCCUCAAAACCCUGGUGAGCAAUGCGGAGGCCUACGGAAAGUCGAGUUUUCGAACAUUUCCUCCUCCGGCAAGGCCGUCUGUAUCACCGGCUUGCAACCGUUUCACGAGGAAUCCAGGAGUUGACUCUCAGUGUACGCCCUCCUAGUUGAGCUGGUUUGGGGUCGUUGUCUAAUGGGUUAUGUCUUUUAUACUAUCAUUAUAUCCCUUGGUUUUGCU